AUGUUCCAAAUCAAUUUCUACAGAAAGUUUUUUGAAUUAGAUACAAUGACAUUUUUCGAGAAAAUCAAGCGGGCGUUGAACCCGAUCAACAAAUCGACGUCCGUUAGUGACGACAAUGACGACAAUGAGGUGACUGAGCUCUAUGGUUUCAUUUGGAUUACAGGUACCCUUAUAUUUUUAAUGUUUGUGAGCUCUACUGGAGCCAAUAUUUUGUCGGAGUGGAUCCACUCCGAUGACAAGAAAUAUGAGUAUAGCUUUGAGCUUCUCACGUUGUCAAUUUCGCUAUUCUACGGCUACAAUGUCUUGGUUCCUCUCGUAUUAUACGUCUUAACUACGUGGGUUUUGAAGUUUCCUCAUAGGCUCUCGUUGACCAAGUUGAUCUCUGUUUAUGGUUACACCAAUAUUUUAUGGUUCCCAAUCACCGCAAUUAAUUUUUUGAUCGUUGUUUUUGUCAAUAAUAAGAAUCAUCGUUUGAUUUGGAACUUUCUCGAGUGGGCGAUAGUAUUGGCUAGUGGAUUUGUCACUGGAUUGAGUAAUUUAACCAAAUUAAGUCCUAUUAUUAAGAAAAAUUCCUUAGACUUAACCCAAGAGUCGGCCGUGAAUCAAGCAAAUAGACUCUAUAUGAUUAUUAUGGUUCUUCUAGCAAUUGCCCACUUACUGUUCACCAUCUUAGUUAAAAUUAGCUUUUUUGGUAUAUCCGUUUAA